AUGACAAAUGAAGUUCAUGAAUUAACUUCAUCUAAAUCAUUCAAAUGUUGUGACAUUUCAGUUAAAAGUAAUAGUUCUGAAGAUGAUAUGAUAUUUAACUAUGAUAAUCUUGCAAUAGAUAAAGAAAAUAAGGAAAAUGAUGAGUUAAUUGGCAAUGACAAAUUUAGAGAGGAGGAUUACAAUAAUUAG